ACGCCAGACUCACAUCCAGCCGGUGAGCGUCGCUUCAGCAGCGUCUUCCAGUUCAGAGAAAAUAGACAUACGGCGGAUAGACACGAUUGCUUCAAGCCGAGACGCAUGGGGUAGGACUAAUUACUAACCAUGGAACACAACUGGACUCUGUUUACCAUGCUGUCGCUGUUGUUCCCUCUGACAGGUUGGUCCAAUCCUGUCAUCUCUCCAAGAGGAGCCCAUCUGGUGGUACCGAAAGGAGGGGUUCUGGAACUCCGUUGCCACGAUGACAACACAACCACUCACAGCACGGCGGCAUCCACAGUUGCUUUCUCAGGGGGGCUGAGGUGGCAGAGGGAAAGGGGAAGGAGGCUGGAGGGGGAGGUUGAGGAGGCUGGAGGGGCGGUGUCCAUCAGAGUGGCGUCAGCCCUGGGCUACCAUAUGGGCCGCUACACCUGCAUCAACAACAGCACCAAGGAGCACAGCUCCAUCUACGUCUACAUCAGGGACCCCCAGAGUCCUUUUCAGCGUUCUAUGGUGAAUGGCAUUCUGGUCCGUGAGGGAGAGGAACUCAUUUUGCCCUGCCUGGUCACUGACCCCGAGGUGACCCUGAUAACCUUACAGACCUGUGACCGAAAUCCUUUACCGAGUGGCCUCCAUUACCACGCUGACCCCCAGCGCGGCAUCACCAUCGGCAACGCCAGGAAGGAGUACGAGGGCUGCUACGAGUGUGAAGGCCAACUGGGAGGAGAUACAGUGAGGUCGAGUCAGUACACAGUGGAUGUACGCCUAGUCCCAGAGCACCCCCCGAAGAUCAGUGUGUCCCAGAGUGAGAGAGUCAUCCUGAGGAGAGGAGAACCGUUCGAGAUCUCCUGCAGCUCCUCCAACCUUAACCCGGACUUCAGUGUGGAGUGGGAUGUCCCGGUGGGAGCGCAUGCCUUCAAAGCUGAUACCUCUCGCAUCCUGUUCGGUUCCCGUGGUUACCAGCGCUCCGCCUCCGUGUGGGUUACCUCCGUCAACCAAUCAGAUGCCGGGACCUACCGAUGCCAUGCCCAAAACGAGAGGGGAGCCUCCUCCACGAGCCUACAGCUGGAUGUCUGCGAGCGCGGCUUCAUCAGCAUACUGGGCGACUCUCGGCCUACUCCGUCCACAGUGAGGGAAGGGGAGAGCCUAAGCCUCAGGGUAGAGUUGGAGGCCUACCCGAGACCAAGUGCUCUGUCCUGGUCUUACAAUGGCAAGACACUCCACAACGGCACAGGGCAUGUCAUCACCAUAUACCGGCACAGAUACAGGUAUGUCAGUGAACUGCGGUUGGUGCGGGUGCUUGGUUCAGAGGGCGGGAUCUACAUGUUCCUGGCAAAUCACAAGGACGCCUCUGUCAACCGAUCAUUCCCUGUCUACGUAAACAGUAAACCUGUCAUCAUUUCUCAGGAGGGACCAGUUGACGGGCAGGUGCGCUGCGUCGCCGCUGGUUACCCGACCCCCAAAAUCACCUGGUUCUACUGUGAACCCCCCCACACUCGGUGUUCCCACCUGACCAACACCACCCAAUGGGAGCAGAAGGAGGCAGACACAGAGACGGUGUCACACACCUCCUUCGGCAGGAGUCGGGUGGAGAGCCGACUGAACGUCACCAAGGAGCUCAUGCGCUACGGCACGCUGGAGUGUGUGGCGAGCGCACAGGGCGAGGAGGCGUUCUCGCUGUUCUCUGUCAGAGAACGCACUGUGCCCCAUCAGCUCUUCACUCCUCUGCUGUCAGGCGUGGUAGUCACGGCUGUAGGACUCAGUGUCUUACUGGUCAUGCUGCUCUACAAAUACCUCCAGAAGCCCAAGUUCCAGAUUCAGUGGAAGGUGAUUGACAGUAUCCACGGCAACAACUACGUCUACAUUGACCCCACCCAGUUGCCCUAUGACCCUAAGUGGGAGUUCCCGAGACAGAAACUACGCUUUGGUAAGACGCUGGGGUCAGGGGCGUUUGGGAAAGUGGUAAGGGCUACAGCCUACGGACUCUGUUCUGCCGAUUCGGUCACAACCGUCGCCGUCAAGAUGCUCAAACCGAGCGCCCACUCCACGGAGAAGGAGGCUCUGAUGUCAGAGCUGAAGGUUCUCAGUUACCUAGGCAACCACAUCAACAUUGUCAAUCUGCUGGGAGCCUGCACUGUGGGAGGCCCCACUUUGGUUAUCACGGAGUACUGUUGCUAUGGGGACCUGCUCAACUUCCUGCGUAGGAAGAGAGAGUCGUUCUUCAGUGCCCAGGUGUCUGAUGGGUACUAUCGCAACGUCCCUGACCCCCGGGAACCACAGAGAGAUGGGGAUGUUGGUUACGUGCCCAUGCGUUCGUUUGACAAGGAGAGGUUGUCCUCGCAGUCCGAUAAGGACUGUCUGAGUCUGGAUGAGUUAUCUGUGGACACAGAGGAUCUGCUGAGCUUCUCCUAUCAGGUGGCCAAAGGCAUGGAGUACAUCUCCUCCAAAAAUUGCAUACACAGGGACCUUGCGGCUAGAAACAUUUUGCUAACUCAGGGAAGAGUGGCUAAGAUAUGUGACUUUGGACUGGCUCGAGACAUCAACACUGACUCCAACUAUGUCCUCAGAGGCAAUGCCCGUCUCCCGGUCAAGUGGAUGUCCCCAGAGAGUAUCUUCGACUGUGUCUACACCUUUGAGAGUGACGUGUGGUCCUAUGGGAUCCUGCUCUGGGAGAUCUUCUCUCUCGGCAGCAGUCCGUACCCUGGUAUGCAGGUGGGCUCUGCGUUCUACCGGAUGAUCCAGGAAGGACACAGGAUGAGCAAACCUGAGAUGGCACCCAGGGAGAUAUAUGACGUCAUGCUGUCAUGCUGGAGUGAGGACCCUUUGAAGAGACCUUCCUUUAAGAAGCUGGUGGAGGGGACAGAGAUACUGCUGUCAGAAAACACCAGGAACGUGUACCUGAACUUGAGUUAUUCCACUAUUCCCCCGGACCAGCAGAGGGCGAUGUCUCAGAGGCUGAGCUCAGUGUGCAGCACUACGGCGCCGACACAACCUCUACUCCUGAACACACCCGACGUCUUCCUGGAUUAUGAUAAUGUCUGACGGAUGAACACAUAGCCUGCAUACACACGCACGCACGCACAAACCACCACUCCCCUGACAUCCACCACAUCCAUGCCCCGGACCACUGUGGAAUUGCCCUCCAUCAUCUGUGUUGUUAGUAUCGAUCCGUGUCCCGCCGGGCUGCUUAAGCCCGGCGCAUGUUCUUUGAGAUGCUGACCGUAGCACUCAACCCUGAGGCAACCCCCAUCAUCAUCAGAUAUGAACUGACUGACGCUGCAGCAAAGAUGUUUUAACGGAACCAACAUGGCUGACUAACAGGCCGAUAGAAAAGGUACUAACACAGCGGUUCUGACCCAGAGAAAUGCAGCAGAAGCACCGGGUCGCACUUGGAAUCUCUCAAAACCCACCGUUAACUUGGAUGGGGACUAGCGGUUCUGUAAAUUGUCUCUAUGUGGUUUUGACUAUGUAUAUACAGCAUCACCAUCAGGCAGAUAUUUUGAAAAGAGUCAGUCUGUAGGGCAGUGUGGACACCUGCCGUAGAUAUAGAUAGAGACCUCUACGCUUAUAGACAGACGCCAUAAUGUCAUAGAUACAAAAUGAAGAGGUUUGGCCAUCUUUGAGGGCCUGCUGACAACUGUCUGUGCUUCACCUUGUUGACGGAGGAUCUGCAGUGCUAGUGGCUCCUUAGCAUCACUGAAAACCGUCUGGUGUGUUUGGUGAAUGGAGAAGGUGGUCUUCUAACGGCAAAUGCCGUCUAGUUCAGCAACUUUAUCUGGAGAAGACCGUUUUCCCCCCCGACUCUGAGGUACAUUCAGAUAAGUCUUCAAAGAAUGCUGAAGCGGUUUGCCUUAGAUCCAGUGUGUCCGGCUUUCAUUACACCACAAACGGUGAUAUAUAAGUGUCUCCUUUUUGGGGUGAGAGAGAGAGAGUAAGUCAGAAAAGAGUCCCAGACCCAUGACCAGUCCUCAAAGAGCAUAUCCAUACAAUAGGCAGCAAUAAUUGUGGGUUCAUGAAGCCGGCAAUGGACUGUGUGAAACCAGUCCGACAUCACUAAUCGCCUAUGUGGUUUCAACUGUCCCUACACAGGUAACGGUCAUUCAUUGUGGAGGGAUACGAUCGGACUCAACUCAAUCGGCCGGUCCACCCCGGCCAGACUGGGACUAAAACAAACCACGAUGCUUGAUGGAGAACACACCCUCAAAGUCCUCUUUAGCCUCGGUUCAUAUCCAUGAGUGCACACAGAAUCUGUCACCGUGCCCUUGAGCAAGGCACUCUGGUUAAUCGCUCGGUCUGUUUAAUGACUUAAAAAUUCAAUGUCAAAAUGUAGGCUAGACUCACCCUGGCUACAAGUGACCAUAUGUUACCUUCAGUUUGGUUUUAGGGGUCGGUUUUAAGAUAAUAAUUUGGUGGUUUCCAGUAACACAUCACUGUACAGGAUGUCUGUGAAGAAAAGCAGCCUGUAAAAAUGUGCUGCUUCUUUAAAGGUACUGAGAGUGGUUAAAGGCUGGUGCCGUUUUGAUACAGUUGGUUUGAUUUGUAAUAAAGAAUGUACUAGAACUAACAACUUGGUAACCGUCUGUACAGUACGUGAUCCUGUAGGUCUGCUUGUUGCCGAAGCCAAUCGACAACUUUAUUACAAAGAUUGCC